UUUGUUUCUUUCUUUCUUUCCUUAAAGAGAAAGAGAGAUAAUUCGUGAAAAAGCAGUUACUCUGUAGAGAAUUCUCUUUCUACUUUCCUUCCUUCUUCCCCCUACAGAAGAAGAAGAGAAUCUCUCUCUCCCUCCUCCUGCACGUUGUUAGCGUUUCUACAAAAAAAAACAAAAAACAAUAAAAACUCUCAACUAAUGCGCUUCCUUUACUCCAUUAGUUAAUUAAAUUCGUUCCGUUUUCGUUAAGCGAAAGCAAAAUCUCACAUCAAAAAUGGAGCGAAUGGUUAAAGUCGUUACAAAUGAGAUCGACGGCGUCGGGUUAUGCUCCGGAACGGUCCGAUCUCACGACUCUUCUCGAAACCUCGAGAUCGUCUACGAGAAUGGACUCACGGAUAUUUCGAAAUCGGUGAAGCCUCGAGUUAGUAGGAGGAAGACAAGGAAACGAUCUCGGAAUUGUGAGGUAAACGUCAUGAGAAACGUCGAUUUGAACGAUGGAGUUCCGGAGGAGGAAGCUAGGGAUAGUAUGGAUUUGAAUAGGGAUGGAUUUGAUUUGAGUACUGGAUUGGAUUGGAAUUUGAAUGAAGGUUUAGGUUUGUUUAAUGUGAGCAUAGAUUACGAGGAGAGUUCUGGUUUCAAAAGGAGAGGGUUUAUUGAUUUGAAUAUGGAUGCGAGCUGUGAUUUGGAGGGUUUAGGGUUUGAUUUGAAUUUGGAGGCUGACGUGGAGAAUGGAGAUGAGAUAGCUCAAGGAAUUAACAUUCAGGAUGAUAAUCUUGAGAGUGGAGAAUGUAAAGAAGUUCAUGUUGCUCAAGUAUCAUACCUUCAGCUUUUGGAGGAGAUAGGGAAGCACAAUGGUGUUUAUCUCAAUACUCCUGAUUCUAAUGGAGCUGAGGGGGAGAUUGAUGAUAAGACUGUUGUUGAGUCUCUCUCUGAUAGGGAAGUUUCGGAUGAAUAUACAAGUGGGAGGAGGAAAAGGAGAAAAUUCACGAGGCAACCUCGGUUGAGAGGGAGUGCUCGUAGAGCGUUAGCUCGAUUUACUACCAGUAGCAGUAUUACAGCUUGCUUAGGUGAUGAAGUAGUAUCUCCUUCUCCGUCAGUUAGUAGUCUGACAGACGAGAAAGUUUGGAUUGUUGAUGGAAAUGCUGAGAAUGUUUCUGUGCUUCCGGGAAAGCCACAGUUACCUCCAUCCUCGCAUGUUUUGAGUUUAGAUGGUCUUCCCAUUCUUAAUGUCUUUUCUGCUUAUUCUUGCUUGAGGUCCUUCAGUAGUUUGUUGUUUUUGAGCCCCUUUGAGUUGACGGAUUUUGUGGAAGCGCUGAGGUGCAUGUCUCCUAGUCUGUUAUUUGAUAGCAUCCAUGUUUCUGUUUUGCAAGUAUUAAGAAAACAUUUGGAGCACCUCGUUGGGGAAGGUGACCAGGCUGCAAUUGCUUGCCUGAGGAGUCUUGACUGGGAUAUGUUGGAUGUGGUUAAUUAUCCCCUUUUUCUAGUCGAAUACUUACUGUUUUGUGGUUCUAAGGACAAUCCUGGAGUGGAUCUAACUCGGUUUAACUUUUUUAGAAAUGAGUACUUCAGACAGCCAGUGGAUCUGAAAAUUGAGAUACUUUCCCGUCUGUGUGAUGAUAUUACAGAUACUGAAGUCGUGAGAUCAGAGCUUAAUAAAAGAUCUGCUGCAGCUGAGUCUGAACUGGAAACUGAUAGGAAGAGAAACACAAAAGUACGACGUAGAAAGCGCAAUAUGAUGGAGCUGGCAGAUGAUUCUUCUUUAAAUGAUGAGGCCGUUGAUGGCUCGGUUGACAGGAACAGUGACGACUGUUGUCUUUGCAAAAUGGAUGGGAAUUUACUUUGCUGUGAUGGUUGUCCAGGUGCCUAUCAUUCUAAGUGUGUCGGUGUUGCCAGUCACCUUUUGCUUGAGGACGAAUGGUAUUGCCCUGAAUGUUCAUUUGACCAGCGUGUACCAGGAUUGAAGCCUGAAAAGCAAAUUCGAGGAGCAGAGUUUCUAGAGAUUGAUCCCCAUGGCCGAAAGUACUACAGCAGUUGUGGCUAUUUAUUGGUGAUAGAUACCAACGGCACAGGCUCAGUGAACUACUAUCAUGUGAAUGAUGUGAUCCUUGUACUGGAGCAGCUCAAGUCAUGCGGUAGUUUUUAUAUUGGAGUAAUAGGUGCAAUUAAAAAGCACUGGGAUUUCCCUACUGGCCUGAAAAGGACAAUCAGUAGUGUGAAUUCACAUAUAUCCGUAUGCUUGGAUAAGCCAGCCAAAGGAAUGAUUUUUUCUAUUGAUGGGUUUAAGGCUCCUUUACCGGCUCCAGAAAAACAGGCAACGUCUGACGUUAAGGAAAAGCCUGAAGAAGGAUCCAGUAAUGGAGGUUCACAUAAUCAUUGUCAUAGGACUCGUCGGAAGAUAUCAGGUUCACCUACUGGACUAGAUACUCUUAAUAUGAGUUCUGAAGGAUCUGCUGAAACUGUACAAAAUGGAUCGGAUGUCCAGAGUCUUCAUGAGCCAAAUUCGAAUAUCUAUUCGGCUUCCCAUGAUUUGGCUAGUAUGAACACAAGGAAAGGAAGUAGACCGAAUGUGCAGAGCGAAUCGGGCUACAGAAACCAGUACAUAUUUGCUCAGAUGACUAAAUCAAUUUAUGAAGAGAUGACGCGUAAGUCACCUAUCCGUACCAUUGAUAUGAGAUCUGAUGAAGAGAUAGCUUCUACCCAGGUGAAGACUAUAUUGAUGAAAACGACCAAAUUUCAAUGGCGAAACAUCCAAGGCCUCUACCUAGAUGCGUGGAAAGAAAAAUGUGGAUGGUGUUUUUCUUGCAAAUUUGAGGAUGCCGGGAGCAAGACAAAUUGUUUAUUUAACAUGAGUCUCGGGGCUUUGCGAGGUCCUUCGGAAAGUGAGAUUGCUAACAGUCAAUCCAUUAGUAAGAAAAGUCAUCUUAUGACUAUCAUAUGCCAGAUAUUAUCCAUGGAAAGUCGAUUGCAAGGUCUUUUGGUUGGUCCAUGGUUGAAUCCACAGCAUUCCAGAAUUUGGCGUGAACACAUUCUGAACGCAUCAAAUAUAUCAAGCUUGAGACAUUUAUUAGUUGAAUUACAGGCGAAUUUGCAUCAUCGUGUUCUUUCACUUGAGUGGCUAAACCAUGUCGAUUCUGCCAUAGAAAUGGGCUCAUCUAGAUAUAUUCUCAUUGUGUCGACACGAUCAUCCUCAAAGAGUGCUAUUGGUAAAAGACGGGGGACAUUGUUGGAGUCUGGGGUUAACCCUACUGCAAAGAAAAAUAGUGGAUUGACCAUGUGUUGGUGGAGAGGCGGCCGACUUUCACGGAAAUUAUUCAACUGGAAGGCUUUGCCUUGCUCUUUGGUCUCGAAGGUUGCUCGACAAGGUGGAAGUAGAAAAAUUCCAGGUAUACUGUAUCCUGAGAAUUCAGAGCCUGCUAAGAGAAGCCGACGUGUUGCUUGGGAAGCAGCUGUUGAGUCAUCUACGACUUCAGAGCAGCUCGGUUUUCAGGUGAGAACAUUCCACUCGUACAUAAAUUGGGAUGAUAUUGAAAACAGUCACAUUCUUCCUGCAUCGGACAAAGAAUCUAAAAAAUCUGCCAGACUGUUCAAAAAAGUGAUUGUCCGUAGGAAGUGCAUAGAGGGAGAUACUGUGAAAUAUCUCCUUGACUUUGGUAAAAGGAGAAAUGUUCCGGAUGUUGUGUUGAAAAAUGGUCGCAUGAUUGAAGAAUCCUCGAGUGAAAGAAAAAAGUUCUGGGUGAAUGAAUCGUAUGUGCCUUUACAUCUUCUGAAAGGAUUUGAAGAGAAAAAGGCUGUACGAAAAACUACGAAGUCAGGAAGCUCUUUCAGACACUCUAAGAUAGAAAAAGUACGGACAAAGUCAUCAGAGGGAAAAGGUUUCUCAUACCUAUUUGAAAGGGCAGAAAGAUCGGAGUCUUCUUUGUGUGAACAACGUAAGAAAGAUGUGCCUCCGAGGGAUGCUGCGUGCUGCCAUAUCUGCAAACGAUUAUUUCACAAAAAGCAUAUCAGGAGAGCGGACAAGGAAGGCAUGUACAUAUGUCUUCCAUGCAGGAGUGAGGUGCAAGCAAAACAACAGCCCAGCGGACGGAAAAGAGGACGGCCCCCAGGUAGUUUCCGUCAAAAAGUUCGAGUCAAGACACAAACGUAUAAAAAGGUCAUACCUGCUCGCAAAUCAACUCGGCUAAAGAAAACCAAAACGUCUCUGGGAGAGAGAAUACCCGUUAGGUUAAAGAAUCAUAAAAAGGUUGUUGCAAGCAAGCCAUUGCGACGUUCAGGCAGGACACCAAAGCAUGUUACUCGGCUACAGGAUGAAAGUACAGUUCCUGGAGGGAGUAAGAAACGGAAACUGGAAACCAAAAAAGGCAGAGGCAGGCCUAAGAGAGUAAAACAAGAGAUUUCCAUAAGAAAGAAGAGGACAAAAAGAGCCCUAAGCUAUUGGUUGAAUGGACUCCGCUUAACCAGAAAACCUGGUGAUGAACGGGUAGAUAAGUUCCGGAGAGACAGAUAUUUAAAACCUAUGGAGAAGUCGGAUUCUGAUCAUGAUCAACCUAAGUGUCACUUAUGCGGCUCGAAUGACUCUGAAUCUGGAUCAACCAUUAUCUCUUGCGAAACUUGUAAAGAAUGGUACCAUGGAGAUGCAUGCGGGAUUAACGAGAAGAAUUCAAGUAUGGUGAUUGGAUUUCGGUGCCAUCUCUGUCGAGAAAAGUUGCCUCCCACCUGUCCACAUGAGAUCUCUCCUGAGCUGUGA